AUGCAAAAACCCCCACGGAAACCCACCCAGCGAGCGACAUCGACCGCGCCACUGCUUCUCCGCCAAGAUGGAACCUCGGCAGCCGCCCGCCUACUGCACCGCAAGGAGCAACUAGUCCUACAAGUGUGGAAGGAGUUCAUCCAGCGCGGCACCACCACGACUAAGCCCCAAGCAUCACGGGACAUGUCCCACCGCACACGACUGCCGGUGACGUCCGACCUGAUUCAAGAAUUCGUCCGCCAUCGUCGUCAAGACCGACAACGCACCGUCGCCAAGGACGUUGCCUACUUUUUGCGGUCUGAAAACCGCCUGGAUUUCGAUCCGGAAUCGGAAUCCUCCACGCAGCAUGGCAUGAAGUGGUUUACACACCACCUUACCACAGUGACCUUUUCAACCUAUCGAGAUGGUGUGGUCGACGCGAGUGACAGCGACGAUGACAACAGUGAUGACAGCAACGACAGCAACAGCGAUAGCAGCAGUAGCGAGUCGGACAGUUCAGAAUCAGGGAAACAUACCCACCGACUGCCGCACGACUCUCGCCAAUGCGGCAAGCCAUGCAACUUCGACCGCCACAAGACAGACACCGCCAACCACGGCAGGAUCGGCCUCGGACCGGGCUCGGACCGGCGCAAAUAA